CUCUCCAAUUUACACACACUGCAUCCCCAAACAACACAUCCUAUAACAACGAAACAAAGAGAAAAUAUAUAUAGAUCGAGAUCGAAGAGAAAUGGGUUACUCAACCAUGGAGGAGGUGGUGACGAUGGUGCAGCUACUACUUCUCCACACAGUUAUGUUCAACAAUACGAUGGCCGGUGCUCUCAAUCCAAUGUGUGGCUCCGAUGAGCUUGUCUACUGUAGUCCGUCGGGCGAAUUCGCCGACGGGCUAACGCAGCAAGCUGUGAUGGGGGAGAUCAUCAUGAUACCGUUCUGCUACAAUUACUCUCACGGCGUGGAUGGGUACGUCUACCAGUACUCGGACUGUGUGGUGAAGUAUAAACACGAUGCCGACAAGAACGACCUGUACUGCUACAACUGUUUGGCCAAACUGGCCCGAGAGAUACAAGGCCAGUGUCACAACAAGGUUGGAGCCCGAUAUGGAACGGAGGAGUGUUGCAUGAGGUAUGAGACGUACCCCUUUUGUGAAAGUUAAAAACAAAUCAAUGUUGAAUCAAGAGGUCGAGUUGAUUGGUUACAAUAUGCUACGAUAGUACGAUACACCGUCUGUUUAACUAAUUGCGAAGGUGUUGUGUUCGGAUCCUCAAGGUUGCGUUACUCAAUAUAUAGUAACGGAAUAAUAAUGAUGAUGAUGAUGAUCCAAGAUCUAUAAUUUCGUGUGUUGAUGGUUGAUUUGUAUAGCUUGUGCAAAGUUCAACUACUUCCACUAGCUAGCACAGCACAAACAAUUUGCAGGCAACGUGUGUUUCUUGAACAUCGAAACUAAUAUCAGUGUGAAAUGUCAAAAAUCCCACGUAGUCUCUGAAACGUUGAAAGAAGAAAAUGUUGCAAAAUCAGAAAUAGGCCUGAAACUCUUGUAUUAUUACCGAAAUAACAUAGGGUUUAUAUAGAGUACUUCUAUAAUAACUCUAACACUAAUAAUGAAAUUAUCUAACUUUU